CACAUUUCCUGGUUUCCUCUCAUUUCUGAUCAUCUAAGACCCUGCGUUGAAACUUUUAGUUACAUCCUUCAUUGAGAGUUUUCUUUGAACCGUAGCUUUUGAAGAGAAGCAAAAACAUGGGAUUUGCAGGCACUUUGGAGUAUUUGUCUGAUUUAAUGAGCAGUAGCUGCAGCUAUAAGUACAAGAAGAAAAAGCAGUUUCAGACUGUGGAGCUCAAGGUCAGGAUGGACUGUGAUGGCUGUGAACUCAGGGUCAAGAAAGCCCUUUCUUCAUUGAGUGGAGCGAAAUCCGUGAAUAUAAACAGGAAACAGCAGAAGGUGACUGUAACGGGAUAUGUUGAGGCAAACAAAGUGUUGAAGAAAGCCAAGUCAACAGGGAAAAGGGCUGAGAUUUGGCCUUAUGUUCCUUACAAUCUGGUGGCCCAGCCAUAUGCUGCUCCUGCUUAUGACAAGAGGGCACCUCCUGGUUACGUCAGGAAUGUAGAGAACAAUGUUAUCACUGCCGCUGUCACCACAUAUGAAGAUCCUUACAUCUCUUUGUUCAGUGAUGAAAACCCAAAUGCAUGUUCUGUCAUGUAG